GCUUGAUUUGUUUUGGCGCCGCUGCUGCUGUGUUAAAGAAUUUUCUCUUUUCCGAUUUUCUUCGCGAAUUACAAUGCUUUAGCGUAAUGACAACAGGUGCCACAAUGCCCACGACAAAUUCUGACCCUGCAUUUAGCAGUCUGGUCGAUAAAAUUCUGUUCAAGAGCCGGAACACCCCGCAAGCGCUGCGCACCGUCUGCGCUCUCAACUUCCAAAAGGGCCUCGAAAAGAAGGACGAUGCUCUUGCGGCCGAGAUUUUGGACUUUUCGGCCAAGAGGUACUACCAAAGUGCCGACGGAGUUAUUUCCAAUGUGGUCAGGGACGCCCUGAACAAGGCCCAAGCCUCCGGAGUCAAAGUGGACAGAAGCAGCUGGAAAUCUGCAUUAUCCGAGACAAAAGUGACCUCGAACGUGGCGAGGCGGCAAUGGAGCAGCGCGGAGGUGCGAGCAUGGCACCAGAAGGUCACGGACAGCGCCAAAAGGGUGCAGCAAAUGGACCUGGGUAGGGUCGCCCCCAAGAGGAAGGUGCAGGAGGAGCAGCCUCCCAGGGGCUUCUUUGUGCCCAAGGUCAGCGGCUUCGUGCCAAAGUCCAGGAGUUUUGAGGCUGAGACAAACAGUUUCUGUCCCACUGAGCCGUCCACGAGCGGUUACAAACCCGUCCAAUCGGGAUUUGUGCCCAAGACGCCGGUUGGUUGUGUACCUGGAAGGCAGAGGACCUUUGAGGAGCCGCCGAGGGCGAGUAACGGCCAUGGAUUUUCCAGUGAGCCGCCAAUGAAUGGCCGAAAUCAGUUCGGGGCCGGCAAUCCCUUCAAAACCGCCCGUGUUGAAUUGGCUGCUCAGAAUGUGAAAAAGUACGGACACGACGGUGGCGUCCUGGACGAUCCACAGCCCAAAAAGCGAAGCCUGGGGGGCAGAAGGGGGCCACCCCCGUCGGCCAGUUCAAAAUUUGUGCCGCACAAAUCCGCCUUUGGGGACAACGAGUCGAGGUCCGAUUUGGAGCUGGAGGACGAGGUGGACGAGCGGCUGAAAAACAUUCCGCCGGAGAUGGUGCAGACGAUCCGCAACGAGAUCAUGGACGUUGGAAAGCCUGUCACUUGGAACGACAUUGCUGGACUCGAAUCUGCCAAAAACACUAUUCAGGAAAUCGUGGUGUGGCCCCUUCUGCGUCCAGACAUCUUCGCAGGGCUGCGCGGUCCUCCGAAGGGAAUCCUUUUAUUCGGUCCGCCCGGCACCGGGAAGACCCUGAUCGGCAAGUGCAUCGCGUCGCAGUCCAAGUCCACCUUCUUCAGCAUCAGCGCGUCGUCCCUCACCUCAAAGUGGGUGGGCGACGGCGAGAAACUGGUGCGGGCGCUGUUCGCCGUCGCUCGCUGCCACCAGCCGGCCGUCAUCUUCAUCGACGAGAUCGACUCGUUGCUCGCCCAACGCAGCGAUUCCGAACACGAGAGUUCAAGGCGCAUCAAAACCGAGUUCCUCGUGCAGCUGGAAGGCGCCGCCACUGCCGAGGACGAACGAAUUCUUGUUGUCGGCGCCACCAACCGCCCCCAGGAGUUGGACGAGGCGGCGCGGCGGCGUCUGGUGAAGCGGCUGUACGUGCCGCUGCCCGACGUGAACGCCAGGGCGCAAAUCGUGCGCAACCUGAUGGCAGCGCAGAGCUGCGACCUUUCCGAGGUGGACGUGAUGAGAGUGGCUCGCGUCGCGGACGGAUUCUCAGGCGCUGACAUGCGCGACCUGUGCAGGGAGGCCGCCUACGGGCCCAUCAGGUCCAUCACUGAGACGCAGAUGACCCACAUCCACGCCAGCCAGGUCCGACCAAUUCAGGUGGAGGACUUCCUGGCGGCUCUGAAGCAAGUCAGACCCAGCGUGUCAAGCAAGGAUCUAAACGUGUAUGAAGAGUGGAACAGAACUUACGGCUAUGGAAAAGCAGUUACCUAGUGAUAAACAUGUACCAUGUGUUUUAAAUUAAACCUAAACUGUUAA